UACUCCUCACCGCCCGCCUCUUCCAUCCCAGCAUACAACCCCAACCAAAUACAACAAGAACAAUAAUGAAAUACCAAUCAAUCGCCGGAGUAACCCUUCUCUCCCUUGCUGCUCUCCAAGUCCAGGCAGCCCAGUGGCCUUUCAAGUCAGACAAGCUCUACAACAAAUGGCACGAGACCGAACUUGAGAAAUGGCUUUCCGACCACGACAUUCCAUACCCUAAGGCAGCAGACCGCAAAGAUCUUCAAGAUCUCGUCUCCAAGAACUGGGAAGCCACAAAGUCGACCGCAUACGAGACCUGGGAUCAGAAGCGUCUUCAGGCAUGGUUGGACGAGAAGAAGAUCAAGUAUGAUGCCAAGGCGGAUGUUACGGCAUUGAAGAAUACUGUCAAGGAUAACUGGUACUACGCUUCUGACUCUAUCGUUGAGAGCUGGGAGGAUGCGAAGGACUGGAUCUUUGAGUCUUGGGGCGAGAGUCAGCUCAAGGCUUUCCUUGAUCGUCAUAACAUCCCUAACCCCUCUCCCCGCUCCAGAGACUCUCUUCUCGCCGCCGCACGUGGAGCAUAUGAGUCUGUCGCGCAGGAGGCUGCAUCGAACAAGAAGGCUGCGUCGUCCGCUGCCUCUUCGGCGGCUGAGGAUGUGAAGCAUUCUCUUUGGUCUCCUGUUGACUGGGUUUACGACACCUGGACUGACUCUGACAUCAAGGCUUGGUUCGAUGCCCACGGCGUCCCUGUUCCUCAGGGCUCAAAACGUAACGAUAUGGUCGCCACUCUUCGUCGCCAGGCUUAUUUGGCUAAGAAGGGUGUUGCUGGAUACACGGAUGAGGCAGCCUCUCGCUUGAAGGACGCGACUGACUACGCGGGUGAUGUUGCGGGUUCCGUUACCUCUUUGGCGGGUGAGGCCGUGUCUUCGGCGUCUAGUGUUGCGUACGGAGCUGCCAGCUCUGCUUCCAGCGCUACCUCUGUUGUCGGCAAGUCCGCGUCUUCUGUCUCCGCCAAGGCCGCUGCUUCCGCCUCCUCCGCAUCUCUCAAGGCUGCCGCCUCCGCUUCCUCCGCUUCGCUCAAGUUGAAGGCCUCCGCCUCUUCCGCCUCCGUCGCCGGUAAGGCCUCUGCUUCCUCUGCUUCCGCCGAGGGUGCCUCAGCCUACGGUGCCGCCACCUCCUCCGCCGGAAACUACUGGUCCCAGGCAACCGACGCCGCAGCGCAAAAGGGCCACGAAGCCUACGCCGCCAUCGUCAAUGCAUGGCCCGAGGUCCGUCUCCGUCGCUGGCUCCAGAACCGCGGCGUCCACGUCCCUGAGGGCGCGAGCAAGGAGGAGUUGGUCGAGAGCGUUAAGGUUAAUGCGCACAAGGUCGCUAAGAACACUGUUGGCGAUGAUGUCUUCGAGGGAUGGAGUCGUGAGGAGUUGGGCGAGUGGUUGGAGAAGCAGGGUGUUAAGACCCCCAAGAACGGCAAGAGAGACGAGUUGGUCAAGGCUGCGCAGGAGAACUAUGAUUCCGUCUCCGCGAAGGGUGGGAAUGCGUAUGCUUCUCUCACUUCUGCUGCCGCGGCUGCUACUGGCUACGUUUUCGACAAGUGGGAUGAGAGUGAUAUCAAGAGCUACCUUGAGUCGUAUGGCGUUGAUGUUCCCGCGUCUGGAAACAAGGACGAGUUGGUCAGGAGCGCCAAUGAGAACUUGAGGGCGUGGAAUGGUGAGGAUGAUUUCAACACCCACGGUACCUCCUCCUACCUCGCCGACCUCCAGGCGAAGCUCGGCGGUAUCCUUGGAUCCCUCAAGGGUCUCCUCGGUGGUGCCGCUGGCUCCGCAUACGGCGCCGUUGACGACACCGCAUCCUCCGCGUCCUCCGUCGCUGCUGCAGCUUCUGCUUCAGCUUCUUCCGCUGCGUCCGCUGCUUCUGCCAGUGGAAGCUCGUAUGUGAGUGGUGCUUCUGCUUCCGUUUCGAGCGCUGCGUCGAAGGCUUCCAAGCAAGCACAGAAGGGUGCGGAUUACGUUAAGGAGGAGUUGUAAAGUGCGAGCGAGCACUUGGAGUGAAGUGAUGGGUAGAUUGAGAGCUGGACUUUGCUGGCUCGAAAACUGUAUGUUUUGGAUGAAUGAGUGCGUG